AUGAUACGGUUCCAAGUAUGGAAUCUUUUGAUUCUUGCCGCACUUAUAGGGGUUUCUCAUGGGCUUAUUGGUCAAGAUGGCAUGCCUGUCGCUUUAUAUGAACCAAAAGAACUUGAAGUACAAGAAGUUGAUUCAAAAGUAAUGACUUAUGCUUCCGACAAAAAUAGAAUGCCCAUGGUACAAUCAUCUCCAUCUUCAUUUGGCCCCAACAUAAAUGUGAAUCCUGUUUCAAUAUUUUUAAAUAUCUUUUACUAUGGUCAAUACGUGAUGCCUGGGAUUCUUCCUAUUGUAUUUUCCAUUACGAGCUAUGGAAGAUCUUUGCACUGUUUGGUCUCCACCUCAUUUUCGGUAUUUUUUAUCUCGGAAUACCUGAAGACCGGGUUCUAUCCUUUUUUGCCAUUUGCGUUAAACUUUUCCGAUUAUUAUCCUAGGCUCUUUUCUUGUCUUUUUUUGAUGAUUAUGGAGCAUCUUUCUGUAGGUGCCAUUGCUUAUCAUUUUUCGACGAUUGUCUGGCUGCCUGACGGGCCUGCUUGGCGCGAGGCCUAUGGCUUCCACAAAAGAGCCACAUUUUCUACGAUUGAAAUCAUCCUGGGAUGGGAUCCUUCUCCGUAUUAUGCACAUGUUUUUGUUUUCUCCUAUGCUACCUUUAAAUACUUUGGCUAUAUUUCGCUGGAAUACAAGUUUCGCAAAAAUGCCGCCGGUGGGAGGUUUCCCUUCCUCCUAGCUUUGGUUAAGAUGAAAUUUUUGGGACUUAUCAUAUCCAGAGUGAUAACCAUCAUUUCCGGGUUCGUUCUUACGGGCCUGUUCAUCCAAUUUCUUUAUGAUAUCAUCUCGACCAAUGAAAUUAUCCUGUUUUUUUCGAUUUUCUUUCACAUGAACUCCCAAGCUUCAAUCACGGCCACACUAAUAAUUUCAGCAGUCAUGAUUUUGAUUGGACUCGUUUCCCAUCUAAUAUAG